GAAUGGCAUGGGAGGUGUGUGUAUGACAGUGACCACUUAAUUCCACCGGAGGUUAUUCACAGAAAGUGAUUUACUGGAGCGCCUGCGCGGCAAAUCGUAACAGAUAGAAUGAGCAGACGAGUGGGCGACCUCAGCCCGAAGCAGGUGGACGUUUUAGCCGAGUUUCGGGAGCGGAUUGAGGACAUUCUCCCAGACCUCCCCGCGCAGCAUGAUCACUACCUGCUCCGCUGGCUCCGAGCCCGAAGCUUCAAUGUUCAGAAAGCAGAGGCGAUGCUCAGAAAGCAUCUGGAGUUCAGGAAACACAUGAAAGCAGACAGCAUCAUCACUGACUGGAGGCCUCCUGAGGUGAUCGAACGGUAUGUGUCCGGGGGGAUGUGUGGGUACGACCUCGAGGGAAGUCCCAUCUGGUACGAUGUCAUUGGGCCCCUGGACCCCAAAGGUCUGCUGCUGUCCUGCACCAAACAGGACUUCAUGAGGACCAAGAUCAGAGACACAGAGAUGCUCCGCAGAGAGUGUCAGAAACAGACAGAGAAGUUGGGGGUUAAUGUGGAGGCGAUAACCCUGAUCUAUGACUGUGAGGGCCUGGGCCUGAAGCACCUGUGGAAGCCUGCUUUAGAGGCCUAUGGAGAGAUCCUUACCAUGUUUGAGGAGAACUAUCCUGAAGGACUCAAGAGGGUGUUUCUCAUCAAGACUCCUAAGCUAUUCCCGAUGGCCUACAACCUGGUCAAACACUUCCUGAGUGAAGAGACACGUCAUAAGAUCAUCAUUCUGGGAUCUAACUGGCAGGAGGUGUUACUUAAGCACGUUGACCCGGAGCAACUCCCGGUGGCGUACGGAGGAACCCUUACUGACCCUGAUGGUGACCCUCGCUGUCGCACCAUGAUAAACUACGGCGGUACGGUGCCCAGGUCGUACUAUGUUCAGGACAAUAUGGUCAAGGUCCAGUAUGACAACAGUGUGACCAUCAGCCGAGGCUCCGCCUUCACACUGGAGUAUGACAUCACCACCCCCAGCAGCAUCCUCAGGUGGCAGUUUGCCAGUGAUGGGGCAGACAUAGGCUUUGGGGUUUUCAUGCGGACGCAGGAGGGGGGUGGGGCUCAGAAGGUGGGGGAUAUGCUGCAGGUGGUGCCUAGUGAACGCUACAACUCACACAUGGUCCCAGAGGACCGCUCACUCACCUGCCCUGAGCCUGGAACUUAUGUGCUGCGUUUUGACAACACCUACAGCGUGCUGCAGUCGAAGAAGAUCAGCUACACUGUCAAUGUUCUACUGCCAGACGGACAGACACAGAGCCCUAGGAGUGUCAGAGGGGAUGGACGGCUGGAGUAACACACACACACAACACACACACACACACACACACACACACACCUACUGACAGACAGACACAGAGCCCUAGGAGUAUCAGAGGGGAUGGACGGCUGGAGUAACACACACACACACACACACAAACACACACACACACACACACACACCUACUGACAGACAGACACAGAGCCCUGGGAGUAUCAGAGGGGAUGGACGGCUGGAGUAACACACACACACAACACACACACACACCUACUGACAGACAGACACAGAGCCCUAGGAGUGUCAGAGGGGAUGGACGUCUGGAGUAACACACACACACAACACACACACACACACACCUACUGACAGACAGACACAGAGCCCUAGGAGUAUCAGAGGGGAUGGACGGCUGGAGUAACACACACACACAACACACACACACACCUACUGACAGACAGACACAGAGCCCUAGGAGUAUCAGAGGGGAUGGACGGCUGGAGUAACACACACACACAACACAAAAACACACACACACACACACACCUACUGACAGACAGACACAGAGCCCUAGGAGUAUCAGAGGGGAUGGACGGCUGGAGUAACACACACACACACACACACACACACACACACACACACACACACACCUACUGACAGACAGACACAGAGCCCUGGGAGUAUCAGAGGGGAUGGACGGCUGGAGUAACACACACACACAACACACACACACACCUACUGACAGACAGACACAGAGCCCUAGGAGUGUCAGAGGGGAUGGACGUCUGGAGUAACACACACACACAACACACACACACACACACCUACUGACAGACAGACACAGAGCCCUAGGAGUAUCAGAGGGGAUGGACGGCUGGAGUAACACACACACACAACACACACACACACCUACUGACAGACAGACACAGAGCCCUAGGAGUAUCAGAGGGGAUGGACGGCUGGAGUAACACACACACACAACACACACACACACACACCUACUGACAGACAGACACAGAGCCCUGGGAGUAUCAGAGGGGAUGGACGGCUGGAGUUACACACACACACAACACACACACACCUACUGACAGACAGACACAGAGCCCUAGGAGAGAGGGCCCAGACAUCUAGCAUCACAGACAUGCCCACACACAAACACACGAAUAUGAGAUCUGGGGUAGUGAAGAUAGCAAUGUAGAGUAUACAGUUUAAACACCACUGUUCUCAGUUAUGAGCAUUAGCUAUUAUGACAGGACAUUUUCCAAUGCUUUUCUAGAAAAAAGCAUCUGUACAAACAUUUUGUACAAGAGUCACGUUAGGUUUGAGUUAGGACUAUAUGUCUUUGUUUUAUAGUAUUGUGUGAAUGGAAUAGCGACCGUUUUCAGCACAGAAAAGACACUUUGUUAUAUAGGCUACAUUAGUUCAAUAUAAAAAGACAAACGGUGCAUGUGGAAGGAAUGAAGGAAUGAUUAUGAAGUGGAGCAAUGAAUAUAGUUUAGUGUUUUCACUGACGAUGCCUCUCAUUAACAGUUUCAUUAACAAUUGUAUUAAUUGACAGCCGAUAGAUAGGCUACAUAUCUUUAUAGGUUGUUUUACUAUUAUAGCAACCCUAAAGAGAUGAUUUUUACACAAUGUUAAGAUUAAGAUGCACUCAUUGUCAAUGGGUGGUUUUAAUAGAUCAGUCAUUCUAGAAUCGCUAUCUCUCAUAAUCGUCAAAUAUUUAUUUUCAAAAUGCAAGUUGAAUCCUGAAAAUGUUUAAGAUGUUUCUUGAUCAGAAUUAUAUUCAUAAUAUUCAAAUGUUGUAGUAUCAUGAAAUUUUAAAUGUUCUUGUACCAUGAUUCUUUUUUUGAAGAAUAAAUGUUAUUUGACUGCGCUAUUGUAAAAGCGCUGCCCAA